CUUGUGGGGGCGGUUCCCCUGAGGCGGACGGCGCUGAGGGGGGGUUCGGGGCCGCCGUCAGGGCAGCCAAACAACAUCACUGUUCGCCACUCCAGAGACCUAGCAGAUAGGCACAGUCCCUGCCUUAAGCCACGAUGAAUGCUGCUGCACUGAGGAUAGGCGACCAGUUGAUCCUGGAAGAGGAUUAUGACGAGACCUACAUUCCGAGUGAACAAGAAAUUCAGGAAUAUGCCCGCGAGAUAGGAAUUGACCCUGAAAACGAGCCAGAGCUGAUGUGGUUGGCCAGAGAGGGCAUUGUGGCUCCUUUACCUCAAGAGUGGAAACCUUGCCAGGAUGUGACUGGCGAUGUGUACUACUUCAACUUUGCAUCGGGCCAGUCCAUCUGGGACCACCCGUGUGAUGAACACUACCGCAACCUGGUGCUUCUGGACCGAGAGAAACUCCAGGCACAGGGUGGAGACAAGAAGAAAGAGAAAAAGAAGAAGAAAGACAGAAAGGAGAAGAGGGAAAAGGAACCACUCAAAUCCACCACAGUCAUUGAUCUAAUGUGCAGCACUGUAGAUAGUAGGAAGUUGGUACAGGGGAAUGGCGGAGGGGAAGAUCCCAGGCGCGGCAAAACCGCGUUGAAUUCACCAUUGACCCUUGUCCCGACAUCUCAAGGGGGCCUUGCUCCCUUGCGUGGCCUUGGGGAGACCCCGGCAACUACCCUCCGCAGUUCACUGGGAAACCCACCUGGUCUCACUGGGGGGCUGGAAGCAUUGAAAAAUUCUUUCGGAAGCUCAACGAUAUUCGGGAUCUCCAAAGCAGAUGGCCUCACAAAAAGUCUUCUAGGGUCAAAGCAAGAAGAGAAGAUCUCCCUAAACCUACCAGACUUCAGUGAAGAGGAGGAAAUCAGUGAAGAGAAGAGCCCUCAAGGUACUGCUCGGCUCAUGAAAAACCUGCACAUAGACGUAGGGAUCCUCGGUGAUGGCUUUGAAUAUGAGGAGAGUGCAGAAAUUGUGGAGGAUGAAGGUCAUGAUCCUGUGGAUGAAGGGACUGAACCGGAGCUGCAAAACCUCCCAGCGUCCGAUGAAGAAGCAGAAAGUCAUAAAGAGGUAUCGUUUUAUCAAAGCCAAGGGAGAAGUGAGCCUGCAAGUGGAGUUGACUCUGAGAGCCUCCACGUGUUGCCCUCAAGCCCAAAUAAGUUAAGCUUUGGCAACGAACUAAUCGGUAACUGCGACUGGCUUGAAGGAAAAGUGGACCCGCAGGAUGAGAGUGACGGAGAGGAGGAGGAGGUGGAGGUGGUCCUCAUGAGAGCAUCACGACCAGCCCGCCUAGGGCGCGCAGCGGCCAUUGAGGAGGACGAGGAAAGCGAACAGAACAGAAGCAGCGAUAGCAGGGGCAGCUCAGCUGACAGGUCUCCAGUUUCACCUCAGGCUCCUCACGGUGUUGACUUGAAGUCCGUGGGCAAGGAGGAAACCGUCCCCGACCAGGCGGGGGUAGUAGGAGCAGGAGAGGAGAAGGGCAAUGAAUUGAACGAACCGAUCAUAACGGACACUGCUAUUCCUUGCAUUAAUCCCGAUGAUUCGGGGAAUCUACCUGAAAAGGAAUCUGAUUCCAGUGAAGUUAUUAAGGAGCUGCAGUUAUCGGAAGACUUGGAGGAUGAAGUUGAUAAUUCAGAUUGCGAGAUCUUCAGCCGAAUGAGAGAGAAACUGCUGGAUGUGGAGACACUAUCAUCUGUAUUGGACCUCCAACCGAUAUCUGAGCAAGUCUCCAGACCUGAGGGAGAGAGAGACGGUGAAAAACUGAAUGUAGAAGAGGAGGAAAGAAGAGAAACGCUGAAAGCUGCUAAAAGACACGUUCAACAGGAGCUGGAGGAUGAGCAAGAGAGAGAGGAGCCGAAAUCGAGAUCCCAGAAACUUGCAGAGGAGCUCGGCUGUGAGGUGAGCCGGGAGGUGGAGCGGGAACGGGCUCGGAUACUGCAGGAGAGGGCGGAGCGCCUGAGGGGACUCCGAGAUGAGCUGAGGCAGGAGGAAGAGGAGCAGGCUCAGCAACUCUAUCAGGACAAAGAAAGCAAACUCAGGUUACUCAGAGAGAAGCUGAGGACUGAGCGAGAGGCAGAGGAGGCGAGAUUGAAAGAGGAAUUCAGCACCGGACUGCUCAAACUCAAGGUUUGCGUACGGAGAGAAACCGAAGCAACAGAGAAGGAAAUCAGGGAAGAAAAGGAGGCGACACUACAGAAACUGCGAGAUGAGCUGGACUCACUACAGGCUACUGAACAGAAACGGUUGGAGGAGAAAAAUCAUGCUUUCAUGGAGAAGUUGAAGAAGGAGACGGACAAGGCAUUAAAGGAGAAGAAGGCUGUGCUGGAGGAGAAGGAGAAAGCUCUCGGUGAGCUGAGAGAAACACUAGACAAAGAAAGCAAAGAGACACUUGAGCAGCUCCAGAAAAGACACUCAAUUGAGCUUCAGGAAUUGAAAACUGCAGCUGAGGAAAAACAUCAGAAGGCACUUUCCAGCCUGGAGAAGCAGCUUGCUGACGCUCAACAUGAGAAAGAGUCUGAACUGCAGGCAGAUCUGCAGAAAGCACAGAUGAAAAUGCAACAAGUUGUAGACUAUGAGCGAGAGCUGAGUGACUUGCUGAAAGCAAAGCGUGAGGAAGUGGAGAAAGAUCACGAACGGAAACUGGAAAAGAUGAGGGAAGAACAUCAACACGUCUUGUCUAGGAUUAGAGAAGAGUACGAGGAGGAGGAAAGGCAACAAAGAGGAAAGCUUCUGAAACAGCUGCAAGAGGAGCACGAACGAUUAACACGUCUGCACGAGCGCGAGAUCACGGAGCUUCGCCAAGCGCUCGAGCGUCGGCUGGAGGAGAUGCGAGAGGCGUACGGUGAGAAGGAGACGACACUCAAGGAGUCCGAUGACCAGCUGGAGAUGAGAACCAAAGCGCUUAAUGCAAAGAGCAAUCUGUUGGAUAACAAGGAGGAAUCGUUAAAGCUGAGAGCUGAACAGUUCUAUAAAGAGGAGGAACAGCUGGAGCGACAGAAAGCUAUGCAGGAAGUCUUAGUCUCACAAUUGACCAAACAGAAGGUGGAGCAGUCCACGCGGGAACACUCCACGUUACAAGACUCAAUCCGGCAGACUCGAAGGAACCUGGAGAACCUGCAGGAACAGCAGGUGGAACUGCAGACUGAGGUUGACUUGCUACACAGUGAAAGACAGCGAUUGCAAAAGAGAAUCGGAGAGUUGGAAGUGACGAUCAAGAAGAAGAAGGAGAGCCUGGGUGGACUGUCCGCAAUCAAUGGCACCUCCGAUCCUGACCCCGAGCAAGAGGAUGAACUUCACAUAGAAGAUUUAAAAGCAGACGCCAAAACUAGCCCAAGACUGUUGAGUUCCCCCGUUCCCCGAGCUGAGGAUGAUGAUAUCAGUAUAGACAAUGUCAGGUAUUAUAUCUCCGCCGAAGGGGUGUCCAUCAAGAAAGCCAAGGAAUUCCUCACUCGGCAGACCCGUUCCCUUCGGAAACGGCAGAUGGCGCUCAAGUCAGCCAAGCAGCAAUGGAAACAUGACAUGAGGAAGGCACAGCAAGAAGUGCAGGACCCAGAAAGCUCUCAGAUCCUGCAGGACGUGUGGGAAAACCUACAACAGGAAACCCAGCAUCUGGAUGAGAUGAAGUCGACGAUGAGGAAGGGACAGGUGUUACUCCGAAAGAAGGAGGAAAGGCUUAACCAGCUGGAGUCUUCGCUUGCUGAAGGGCUUUCAGAUGAAGAUACACUGAAGGGCUCAGGGGGCAAAAAAGCUGUGAAGUUUGACCUUACUGAUUCUGACGACAUCAGCAGCAUCGUCAGCAUCGAUCUACCUCAGGUGAAAACAGAGAAAAAGACCGAAAUGCCGCUUCACCAACACGCUAAAGUGCAGUAUCUCAGCGAGUCGCUUCAUAGGAUCACCAGCGACCUCAACAAUGUCCUGGGGAUGCUGGGGUCACUAGGGACACAGCAUUCGCUGCUCUUUGACACAGGGCAGGCUCAGGCUCAGAGCGUCCCGCCUCCCAGAGACUCGGUGCCUUUGUCCGUGUACGCCUCCCUGGCGAGGGUGCAGAGCAGGAGCCCCUUCCUCCCACCCGGCGGCCCCCCCUUGCCCACCCCCUGGGCCUGGAGCAGCAGGGGAUCGAGCGCCUCGCUGUCCCUCCCGGCAGCUCAGAGUGUGGACGAUGCACUGAACGAGAAGUGGCACAAGUACUUUCCAGGAGGCAUCCCGUCACUCAGUGGAAAUGCCGCACCUCUGGAGAGCCGAUUGGGAUAUAUCUCUGCCAGCGACCAGAUAAAGCUGUUACACCAGUCCCAUUCCAGACAUACAGAGGGAGACAGCCGAUCGGUUCAGGGAAUGAUAGAUGCUAAUAAGAAGUGGCUGGAAAAUUUCAAGAAGGACCCAAAAGUUCCUCUCUUCGCAAGAACGAGCAAGGUACCUUCCUCGCACGGUUUGGUUCAGCUCGGAUUGGACGAAAACAACCAGAUCAAAGUCUACCAUUAUUGAAGAGCCAAGGAUCUUAACCGGUAGUUUCCAUUCCAUUCACCAUAGUCAUAUUACAUGGCUAUUUAGUUGGGAGCGCGGUGAAAUAAUAUGGUAUCUGCUGCAUUGCAGACAAAAAAAUAUUCGAAAGCUAUAACGGUAAUUAAUUUGAAUCGGUUGCGUUUAGCAAUAAAGUAUUUUCUACCCAGUAUUUUUCUAAGCAACUUAGCUGAUUAUUUUAACAGGCUUUGUAAUUAAAAAAAAACACCAAAAACUGUGUGUGUGUGUGGGUGGGGGGUGGGGGUGUGGCCGACAGUGGAGGGGUCACCGAUGUGUUUCCACUGAAGGUUUCGAUUGUUGAGGUGUGUAUAAAAUGCUUUUUUGUAAAGAA